AUGUCAUCCAAAUUCGGUGAUUUUGCUAUGGAUGUUUUGAGCAGAUACAGUUUGGCUACAAACUUCUGAAGCACCCAAGGGAAGAUUUUGGCUCAGCUGAAGCAAGAAAACAAAGAGCUGCUGAAUCAAAAAGCUCUUACUAAUAAAAAAGAUGACAAAAUUCAGGAAGCCAGUGAAAUUGAUGACUAUCUUGCAAAACUGGACUCAGAAAUUAAAUUUAGACGAAAAAAUGAUAGAAAAGAUUUUGUUGGGAAUUUAGACUUAAAGCUGAGGUUCUUAAUUGAGCAUAGUUUUCGGUGUCUAAAAGAAAUAAGAAAUAAGAUCCCAAAUAAUAUUUUUAAGCGGAAUUCCAAUGCCUUAAAACAGAUAGAAGAAAAAGUUAAUAGUCUUGAGCUGCUUGAUACAUCAGAAAAAAUUGAUUUGCUUGAGAAAUGUGAAAUCUUGAAGCUUUGCUUAUUAAGGGAAUUAAAUUAUCCGUGAAAAGUGGUAAGCAAUUUAAAAGAAGCUGCAAUUGAAGGCACCUGGAAUCUUAUUGAGAUUUCUAAUCAAAUAGAAAAUCUUGAAAACAGUGAUAUUGCCAAAGCUAUAAGUGAAAAAUCAGAAAUUUUAGCCACAAAUAAUGCAGAAAAAAUAUCAGAAUUUUUGGUGAAAGUUGAGAAGUUAAAAUCAGAAGCAUUAAAAUUAGGGGAAAUUUCGCAUGUAAAUGAUGAUAGGACGCUAACAGAUCUUAGAAGAAUUACUGAAAAAACACAAGACUCCUUGUCUUCUCUUGUAGGCUCAGACGAUGAAGAAGUGCAUAGGCUUUCUUCAACUUUUGUCAAAUUAAAUGAUGAUUCUGAAGAAAUACUAAAUUUCCAUGAGGCCCAAAUUAAUAAAUUAGUACUGGAAGCUAAAAACUUUAAAAAUUCAGCUGAAAAUGUCGAAAUAACUAAAAGCAAGUUUUUAUCAAAAAUCCAGCAGCAUUUAUGCAAUAGCAUGCAAUCUCUUCAAUCAUUAUCAUCUAUAACCUAUCAAGACCCGAGCUUAAAUACAAUGGAAAAAGAAAUAUCAAGAGGAAGCUUUAAAUCUUUAUUCAAGCUUGGAAAGCUGCAAGAAAGCAUUCGAAGAGGCAUGAUCAGCUCUUUACCUGAAUACGGCAUCGAUAUGAAAAGCUUAUCAAAUUUGCUGAAAAUGCUUAAAAGCAUGCACAGAAGUGUGCUUGAAAUGAGCAAUCGGCUGAAAAUAAAAAACGAAGAAUUACUAGAAAAAAUUGAGGACUUGAAUGAAGGAUAUGAAUCCACAACUCUAAAAUAUGAAGAAGUUGCUGCUGCAGAAAAAAAGUACAAAUUAGUCUACGUGCAAGCAUUUCAAAAAACAUUAGGAGAAUCCUGGGGAAAACACCUAGAAAUUAUUGAUGCCCUUAUCCGUUAUAUUCCAUAUAUGGACCACUCUAUUGGAGACCUGCUCUCUUUUGGAAGCUUAGUAAAAGAGUCUGAAUCCACGUUAAGGAUGCUUAUGGAAUUAUUCACUCCGAAAAAUAAAAAAUUAUUCGGAAAACUUGAGCAGCUUCUCAAUAAAAAAGUAGAAAUUGACGCAAAUUUAUUCAAAAUUAAUGAAGCUGACAUGCUUGCAAGUCAAUGAAAAACAAUUGAAAACUAUUUUACAAGCUCCCGGGAUCUUAUAUUUGAAGAAGAGAUGCUGAAGCAGGAACUUAUCAAAUUUUCGGAACCUUGCAAAGAGAAACUUUAUAAUUAAAUAUGUGCUUUAGGAUGCAUGGCUGAGUCACCAUAUUUAAUUAUAUUGAGCAGGUGUUGCUAGCCAGAAAUGCACAGCAAUGAUAGGCAGCAAUUCGGCAGCGUGCGAAAUCUAGCCUAAGUCCUUUCAGGAUUGGAUUUUACUUCGCAAGGCUUGGAGUUGGAAAGAGAAGCCCUGCAGCGCCUAUUGAGCCAUCGGUUAUCUUUUCGGUGUGUAACCACGAGUUACGCCCUGGGCUUCAAGUUGACCUUUUUUGCUGAGAAUUCCAUUUUUUGAAAUUUUUGAGCUGGCACCUCAUGCUCAGACCCAAAGAGCUGGAAGGACAGGAGCAGUUCAAAGGUGAAGCUGAGGUGGUGUUUGGCGCAGAGGUGGAUCGGGAACCCUGAAGCAGAGUGCAAGUAAUGUGGUCGUGGACGCUAAACGAGAACCUAGUAGCGAUUAAUUUAGUGUGUGUGCAAAGAGAAAUUUGAGCUUAUGGAAUCGCUGAAAAAAACUUAUGAAGAAAGCUUAACUCUAGUAAUUGAAGUAAAAACUGUUCAAAUUCAAAGUGGGGUUAAUUUUAUUCUAUAAACUAGCAAUAGAACUUUUAAAUUUUAUAUAAAAAUAGCGCUCUAAUUGUGCUUUGCAUUUAAGAUAUAUAAAAUAUGGGCAAAUUUUUUAUUUUAUAUUGGAUACUAAAUUUAUGUUUUAAGAAAUUCCUUAAUUUUCCAAUAAAUACUGCAAAACCUCUAAAAUAAUAUUUUAUCGGUAAGUUAGAACUUUCUAAAAGGGUAUUAGAAUUAGGUGAUAGAAUAGAAAAGGAACUUGUUGAAUAUAUGAAUUUCUGAAAUUCAUAUAAAUCGACUUCUCUGCCAGCCAAUAAUGGAGACUCGAAUAGAAAUUAUCCAAUACCAAGCCAAUCUUCAGAUCACCCAUUAAGUCAGGGAUCAUAUAAAGAAACACCAUUAAGCGAAUCAUUAAAAAAUUUUCAUGGGCUUCAGUCAAGACUCUUAGACAACUUUGAGAGCCAAAAUAAGAUUUAUGAGUCUGUUGUGCUUGCUCAAAUAAGCUUACAAGAGUCGCCAUUAAUAGCUCAAAAUCCUGAGCAGAACAUGUUGCCGAAACGUAAGCUAGUAGGAGUUUCUAAAGAUUUAUGCUUUUUUAUUAAAGGAAACUCAAAAGAAGCCCUCUUAAAAUUAAUUUCUCUUAUUCACUCAAGUGAAACACUUAAGCCUCAAGGAAAUCGUGCGCUAAUAGUGAAAAGAGAGCCUUUAAUAGUACAAGGAGUAAGCAUUAUAUUGAUGAUUUUAGAAUCAAUUCAAGGCGACUUAUUAAGCACUUUUGAGUCAAAAAUUAAUUUCAUACAGAAAGGAGAAAUUAAAGAAAAUGCAUUAAAAAUCAUAGAAUUUAUAAAACAAUUGAAACUCAGCCCAGGGGAAGAGCCAUUUAUUAAAAUAUUGAAUAACAUUUUCCAAUGAAAAGAAAAAAUUCAAGGAGAGUUUAUGGCUUUAUUUAGCAAACUUUUGGAUGCAAAUUUAGAGGUUAAGGAAGAAAUAAUUAUUGAAGAAAUACAGCCACAGACAAAAAUUCCAGCACAUAAAAAAGCACAGAAAGUAAGGUCAAGAAAGCGGCCUGAUAAAGAAAGUGAUAUGCAGGACCAGUCGCAACAAAGUGAGGCAAAACCGAUAGAAAAGCCUAAAACCUCUUUGAUUCCAGAAAUUGAAGAAGGGGUUAAAAGCUUAUAUAAGGAUUGCUAUGCAAUUUUAAAUAUUAUUAAUCCUGGCUUUGAAGGAGAAAGCUUCAAUAAAAGCAUUAAAGCUGAUUCUGACUCCCCCCCCUUUUAAAUUGGAACAAAAAAUAGGUAAAAUUCCUACUUUUUUGGGAAAUUACCCCCCCCUUUAAAUUGAAACAAAAUUUUAUUAUAAUAGAAAAUUUUAUGGGUAAAAAUCAUUAUUUUAUAUGUAAAUACGUUAAUACCCUAUUUAAUAUGCUUCAAACAUAUAAGAUUUAGAAAUUAAACUCUAUUUUGUCCAAUUGUUAUGGGGAGAGUUAGAAGAAUACCAUUUCAGCAAGUUUACACUUUGAGAUUGAGAAAUUUAUGAAUUAAUUUUUCAUGAAAUUAAAAAUUAAAAAUCAAACACAGAAUGAACCAUAAAAUUUUAUCCCUGAAAAAAUUUUUAUAUAUAAAUUUUUUUUAUAAAAAAAUUUUCUUAACCCCCUUUAAAUUGAAACAAAAAAUUUUUUGUUUCAAUUUAAAGGGGGGGGAGUGAGGAAGAAGAGCGAUUCCAAACAAUUUUAAAUAAUAUAAAAUCUUCUGGACGCCUAUUAGACACCAUCAAAAAUUUAUCAAAAGACGUAUAUGAUUCUAAUUCCUCAUAUCAAGACUUAAAGAGCCAGCUGAAUAAAUUAGAAAAGCUAAAAGAAGAUUUGACUGAGUCACAAAAAGCAUUAGAAGACAAAGAUUUUUCGAUAAAAUCCUUAAGGGAAGAUCUUACUGAGUCCCAAAAAGCAUUGCAAGGCAAAGAUUCUUCAAUAAAAUCCUUAAAAGAAGAUCUUACUGAAUUCCAAAAAGCAUUAGAAGACAAAGAUUCUUCAAUAAAAUCCUUAAAAGAAGAUCUUACUGAAUCCCAAAAAGCAUUACAAGGCAAAGAUUCUUCAAUAAAAUCCUUAAAAGAAGAUCUGGCUGAAUCCCAAAAAGUAUUACAAAGCAAAGAGUCUUCAAUACAAUCCUUAAAAGAGUCUUUCUCAGCACUUGAAAAAGAAAAUAAAAACUGAAUUGAAAUGUACACAAGUCUAAAUAAAAUAAUAAAUGAGAGAGAAGAAGAAUGAAGCCAAGAAAAAUCUAAAUUUGAGCAAAUCAGCCUAAGCCAAAAUGAAACAAUCAUUAGCCUAGACAAAGAAAUUACUAACUUAAACAAAAAAAUAGAAAAACAAGCUGAAGAACUAUCAAUAUUAGAAGAAGAAAAUCAAAAAUUAAAUGAAGAGCUGUCUAGGCUUGAAGGUUUAAGAAACAAAGAAGACACUUCAGAAACUGAAGAAAUCGUCCUACACCAAGAAGAAGUGUUCCGGAUUACAGAGUCCAUAAAUAUUUUAGACAAUGAAAUAGUGACAUUAGAAGACGAAAUUGAAAAUAGGGACUCGCUGAUCCAAGAACAAAGCGAAACUAUCCAAAGCCACAAAGCAGAAAGAAUUAGCUUUGACGAAGCAAUUUCCACACAAGCUGAAACAAUCACACAGCUAAAUGAUGAAAUAUACAACCUUAAAGAAGUCAUCCAAAAACAAGAAGAAAUCAUUUCAAUUCAUGAAGAAGAAAACGACGAGCUAAAAGCAAUUAUCCAGAAAAAAGAUGAAGAAAAUGCAAUAAUUAAUUCGUCACUCACAAAAUUGAAUGAAGAUUUUAAUCAAGCAAGAAAAGAAUGAAAAAUCUAUGAGGAUUCAGCUAAAGAUUUAGAGCUGAAAUUGCAGAUUGCGACGACUAAUCUUAGUUUAGAAGCAAUGGAGGCUAGGAGGCUUAAAGAUGAUAUUAGCUCCUUGAAAAUUAAAAUUGCAAGUGAUGAAAACCUUCAGCCAAUUCUGCAGAUUAAAGAGGAACAGAUAGAAGAUUUGAAUAUGCAGCUCAGCAACUUGCAGAAUUGCCAGAAGCUGCUUGAUGAAGCCAGAAAUGAGCUGUGGACGAGAAAUAGGCAGCUCGAAAUUGAUAAUGAAAAUUUGAAUAGAGAGAAAAGUGAGCUUAAGCUGCAGGUGAAAAUAUUCAAGAAUGAUCGGAAUGAAGCAGAAAGUGAUCGAAAAGUGCAAAAUUUGGAGAGAGGGCCUUAUUCAGAAGAAAGCUCACAAGAUAUUGAGACUCUUAACAGCAAACUUAAUGAAGAAUCUGAAAUUAUAAGCAACUUAGAAACGCAGAUUUCUGGUCUACUACAGAAAGAAAGUGAGUAUAAAACUUCGAUAAGAAACCUAUUCCUCAGAAUUUUAAGAAUAAGGGCUCUUUAUCGUUCACGGUUCAUUAUAUUUAGAAGAUUUAAUCAGUGGCAGGACUAUGCCAUCUCUUCUGAUAUAAUUCUAGAUCAAUUCAGCCCUGAAGUUCCUUCGUUAACUCUUACUGAUCCUGAAGUAUCUGCUAUUCAAAUAUCAAAAAAUUACAGAGAGUCAAAUACAAUAGAUGCCAAUGAAGAAAUAGCAGCCAAAAGUGCUAAUUCACCUUCUGGAAAUCUUAUAUAA